AUGAUCCAGCAAAAGUACAAUGAAGAACGCUCCAAAAGGAUUCGGCCUGAUGGCGAUGCCCAGUAUGUGGAUCUUUCGGUCUCGGAGCAAUUCAAGCAUUAUCGCAAAGAUCCCUGGCUCGACGAGCGGUCGGAGACUGUCACUAUCCGUGAUGGCGAGCAUAUCAAGUAUUUCAUUCUGGGUGCGGGCUUUGGCGGUCUGGUGUAUGCAGUCAAACUCAUCAAAAGCGGCAUCCCGGCAUCCGAGGUUCGGAUUGUCGAUUCUGCUGGAGGGGUCGGAGGGACGUGGUACUGGAACAGAUAUCCAGGCCUGAUGUGCGACAUUGAAGGGUACUGCUAUCUCCCCCUUCUGGAGGAGAUGGACUACAUACCCAAACACAAGUACUCGUACGGCUAUGAAAUUCGGGAAUACAUGAACAAGAUUGCAGCAAAAUACGGACAAUCUGACACGGCUAUGUUCCGAACUAGUGUCAAACGUCUCGUCUGGGACGAAUCAGGCAAGCAAUGGAAAGUCACCAUGACCAAGGAACGUACCUCGGACACUCCUCUCGAGAUCAACAUCACUGCUGAAUUCGUCAUAUCCAUCUCCGGGCUUCUGCUGCAUCCGAAGCUCCCUGCUAUCUCGGGGAUCGAAGACUUCAAGGGGACAUCAUUCCACACUUCUCGCUGGGAUUACUCUGUUACCGGGGGUUCGCAAGACAACCCCGUGCUUGGCAAGCUCUCGGACAAGCGCGUCGGCAUCAUUGGGACUGGCGCCACGGCCAUCCAGGCUGUGCCGCAUCUCGCCAAGUAUGCUAAAAGCCUCACCAUCUUCCAACGCACACCGAGCUCAGUCGAUGAACGCGGCCAACACCAGACCGAUGAGUCUACGUGGAGCUCCAAGAUUGCCACAAAGCCAGGCUGGUGGAAGGAGCGGAAUCUCAACCUAGCAGCCCACCUCUCGGCCGCAGUCGAGCCCGGCGCGACCAACCUUGUGGACGAUCAAUGGUCUAAGUGUCGCGCGUACCGCGCCCUGGUAGGUGGGCCCAACCCGCCACUCUCGAUGGAGAGCAUCCCUGCAUUCGUGGCCUCGCUUUACGCCAGUGACCUCCCUCGAGCGGAACGCAUCCGCCAACGAGUCGACAAUAUUGUCAACGACAAGACCACCGCCCACGCGCUCAAGCACUGGUACGGCACCUGGUGCAAGCGCCCGACCUUCCACGACGACUACCUCCCCGUGUUCAACCAGCCGAACGUGCGACUCGUGGACACGAGUGGCAAAGGCGUCGACGCCCUAACCGCCACAUCCGCCAUUGUCGGAUCCACCGAAUACCCGCUCGACAUUCUGAUCUUCAGCACGGGAUUCCGCGCGCCCAUCAUCGGUAGCCCGGCCUUUCGCGCGGGCAUGACCAUCACAGGCCGUGGGGGACAGGACAUGGACGCCAAAUGGCGCGACAACGUAUCCACCCUGCACGGCACCCUGACGCGCGGGUUCCCCAACUUCAUCAUGCCGGGCCCCUUUCAGGCGGGCGCAACGGGGAACCAAAACUUCACGCUCGACAUCAUGAGCAACCACGCCGUCGAGAUCCUUAGGCAGGCUCAGGCACGGUUUCCGGGCCAGAAGGUCGUGAUCGAGCCGACGGUCGAGGCCGAAGAGAAGUGGUCGGCCGAGAUCGCCAAGCGGAGUAUGGCGUUUGCUGCCAUGGCCGGGUGCACGCCGUCAUAUCUGAACGGCGAGGGGAUCAUGGACAGUUUGCCCAUGGAGGUUAAGAUGAAGGCUGCGCGCAUGGGCAUCUGGGGCGAGGGAAUUGAAAGUUUUAUGAACACGCUAGAGGCAUGGGAAAGAGACGGAGGGCUAGAGGGUCUAAAUGUCACGCCUGUGGCGGCGAAUCUCAGUAGGUGGGUAAGUAUGUGA